GCGGCCUCCGCCCCGAACCGCCACUCCCGGCGUGCCCCGCGGCCGCGCUCCCCAAGCGCCGCGAAAGGCCUGGAAGGAGCUGGGUGCUGGCGGCGGCGUCCCGCUCCGGGCCUGGCCCGGCGCGGCGGAGAGCGCGGCGCGGCGCGGGCGGCUGAGCGAGCCCGGGGCGGCGCGGCGCGGCGGAGAGCGCUGGGCGGCAGGAGAUGGCGGCGCUGGGCAGGCCCUGCCGGGGCGUCCCUGCCCCGGCCGCGGAGCGCCCGCCGGCCCCGGCCGCCGCCCCGGACCGCCACGGCCCGCCGGGAGCGGCGUGGGCCGGCCUGCAGCCCGGAGCCGUCGGCCUCGAGUCGCUGCAGCCGCGGAUGGUGAUGAUGGCGGGGAACGGGGACGGGACCGGCUGCGCCCGCGGCUGCGGCUCCGCCGACGUGCGGCUGCGGAACAGCUUCGACCUGGCCUCUCUAGCGGCUGUCGGGAGCUACAACGAGGCCUUGGCUGUUGCUCCGGUGGGUUCCUUCACGAGCGCGCAGCGUCCGCCGGGCUCACUCCAGCAGCACGGACACAGCCCUGCCUCUGUUCGCUGUGGAAAGAAGCAUAAACUAGAAGAAGAGGCAGAAGGUUGUCCUGUGAGGAAGAAGAGGCUGACAGGAGCCAAAAAUUCCCCUUUGAAUCCCAACACUGAAGAAUGGAUUCUCUGUGCAGGUCAGCAGGCAGCUGGGGAGGUAGCAAGUCAGUGUGGUGGCAGCCGUCCUGAAGCUGCCAUGUUAGAAAUUCCCGGUGAAGAAAUGGAUCAGACAAUGGGGGAACAGCAAUGCGAGGUUGCUCGCAGGAAGCUUCAGGAAAUUGAGGACAGGAUAAUUGAUGAAGAUGAGGAAGUUCAUGCUGAUGGAAAUAUUAGCAAUCUGCCCACUCUUAUCCUGUCAGAUACCCUUAAAAAAGGGAUGAAGAGGGAUUUUGGUGAAGUCCUGACAAAGAAAAUAAUAGAAUCUAUGAGCCGUCCUUCUAUGGAGCUGGUGCUUUGGAAACCUCUUCCUGAAUUUCUCACAGAUAAACUGACGUCUGUUUCUGUUGAGAACUUCAAGCAGCAGAGUACAGAAGGGUGUCAAGCUAAGCAGUCACCACCAGGAGCUGCUUUUCACCCACAGACUGACUCAUUCCCUGAACCACAACAGACUGCAAUGUCUCCAAAUUUGUAUGAUAGUUUGGGGAUCCCUGGGUGUGCAGAAGAAGAAAUGGAAUUGUAGAUAUCAGAUUUGAGACUGGAAGUGGUGACCUUCUGAUGUUUUUUAUUGCUUUUUUAAUUCCCUGUUUAUUUCUGGUUUGAUGCGUGAAUCUGGAGUUUUAUUUUCUUGUUUGUUUGUUUGUUUUCUCCUAGUAACAAUCUUAUGAGUAUAAUUGGCCAGAUGCAACUUUAGGAAAUUGAAAAAAGACUUCUGUAGUGUAGUCUGUUAAAUACACUUUUUCUUUUUUUUUUCUUUUUUUUUUUUUUGAGGCGGAAAUCCAGAGGCCUUUGGAACACGGAAGUAGCUUCCCAUAUUGGUUAAUGGGGAAAUAUCCUCUUAAUUGUCCCUGGUAAAGUAUGUAAUGCAAAUUCUGAAUGUAACCGUGGCUCAAGCCACACCUUUCACUUACUGAGCCAUAGAGACUUUGAUGCAUAUACUGUGCUUUGUCAGUUAGUUCCAUCUGAAUUACACAAUGGUAUUGAAAGAAAGGAAUACUUCUGAGUCUGGUCACAGCUUUUUUUUUUUUUUUUUUAAGAAAAAAGCAAUCCCUGUGAAAAUACAACUUUUUUACACAAUUGUUACUUCAUAUGAGGCUGGUUUGCAUUUGAUUUAAACUCAAAUGUAGAAAUGAUACAUUCUGCACUAUGGUAGGGAAGGAAUGUCAUAGUUGGGUAUAAGCCUCUUGCUUUGUAAAAAGUAAUUUUGACUACUAACUUGCAAGAUAACUCCUAACAUUAGUCCUCUUUGGUUCACUGCCCUGUAAAAUUGUAGUUGUGGGUUUUCGAUGCCCCCCUCCCCUUUCAAAUGAUGCAAAGUCUAGAGAAGAGUAUUUCCCAGCCAACUGAUUCACAUUUUACAUUGUGCCGUGAUUUUGUUUAUAUGCAUUAAGUUGAAAAGUCAAUUGACUUUUUCAGUGUAACUUUUGAUGAAAUAAAUGGUAUGCUUUAACUUUGAUAAACAUAGUAAGUAAAUCAGAUAACAGGGAGCUGCUUUUUGGGUAAGGAAGGUUAAAUGCUGCCUACCAUAUACAACUAAGUCCCAAACUUUAAGUGUGAUUGGUGGUAAAGUGAGGAAGAUACUUGCCUUCUUCCUGAGUGAAACUAGACUUGCAGUCUAAGUCAGAACAUGUGCCAUUAACAAAAUGCCACUUAGUUAAUACAGACUUAUGCCGAAAGAAUUUAUCUCAGUUUAUGGUGUUAGGAAAGGAACUGUCAAUGAGUUAUUACUUGCACCUUUCCUCAACACAUAACACUUCUGUUAUGCUUAAAACCCUUAACCAAAGCAAAGAAUCUUCUGUUCAGUCUCCAAGCUUUCUCAGAGAUGUCUGAAUUGAGACUUUUCUUAAGAAAUUCCUUUCCUAGUAAUAGGUUCUGCUGGGAGUGUUACCAUCCCAGUCUGCUUUUGACUUCCAUCUGACAUAGAGAAGCAGAUACAUUGACCUUUCAGUAAUGCAACUGUUUGCAUGAGAAAAUCAUCUGUACUCUCUUCGCACAGCUUCUUGAUAAUCUUUGUGAUUUUUUUGUUUGUUUGUUUGGGUUGGGUUUUUUUGCUGUUGAAUAACCCAUAGUUGAUAGUUUAAAAUCAAGCUUCCCUCUCUCGGUUGACAGCAGAAGCUUCUUUAUUGGAAAGAUAUCUUUUGACAGGGAUGUUUGGGUCAAGGGAGAGGAGUCCUGCAUUUGUUAAAUCCUGUCUGUCUUGCCGCUCUUGUCAGAGGUUGUGUAAAAUUUGCUGUCUCCUGCUAAAAGAUUUCAGAACUGCACUAAAAUCAUACCAACAUUUGAUUAGGUAUUAGUCUGGAAACUGGUGUGCAACUUUACCAUUCUGGAACUUAUAUUAAAUUGCAGAAUGUGUGCAGCUUUUUCCUUUUAGUCUCUGCUAUAAAUCUCUUGCAUGUACUGCGUAAAAUUUCUCAUGUGAGUAUUGUUAAACUGCUGAACUUGCUUAAAAUAUGCAGCCUUCGACUUGCUGUUUUGCUCGAGUAUAAUGUAAAGCAAUGCAGUUCGGAGAAGGCUGUAGUCACUAAGGGUAGAAAAUAUGAUGCCUCUAAAUACCUGACUGUUUUUAAGUUUGCAGGAUUAUAGGGAAGGUUCAAGGUUGGGACUUUACCUGAUGGCUCUGAUCCUAAAUGACCUGAAAAGAAAGGAGAAAAAAUUAAAGACUUGAUGAAACCAUCUCAACAACACUCGAAUUACGGCAGAGGAUGUGGAAAACUGUGGGAGGCCUAAAUGUGAAAUCUAGAUGCAGAGUUUUUUCCUUUUAAAAUGUUAAAUAACAAAUUGUUUAAAUUGCAGGGGAACAAAUUUAUGUGGAUGUCUUUUUAAAAUGAUUUUUUCCUGUUACAUUUGUACUAAAGGUUGACUAUCAGCAGAGUAUUUCUUCUGUUAAUCCUUUGAUGACAGUUAAGCAUCACUGACGCCUGUCAUUCUGCCAUCUGAAACAAGAACUUAGCAGUGAACUAUUGAUGAAGACCGUGAGAUUGGGGAAAAAAAUGAAGUUUGCUUUAGUACAGAUGUUUAUUUUGAGUCUUUCACAAUUCAUUUGUGCUCCUGUUUUAGAAGGGAACAGCUAAAUCUCUUAAGUUGAUUGGGGGAGGGGAGAAGAGUAUGAGUAGGAAUCAUUAUUAUGUAGGAGGAUUGAGCAAAUUUUUUGCUCUAACAAUGAGUUGGAGAGUGUAAGGGAGGGGAAGGCUACUGAGUGAUUCCAAACUUCUGCAUUUGUGACAGUUCCAUUUGUUGCUGGCUUCCUUAAAAGACUUUUAUUAAUUCUGUUUACAAGCAAGAUGGCACAUGUGAUGCAGUAUUAGGAAAAUCUUUAUCCUUUAUUUUUAAAUAUAGAAGAUCUGAUCCUGGUCUGUUUUCUCUUGGGACCAACUCACCCUUUGUAUGUCAGUUUUCAAUAAAUUUUUUAGAAUAUUUUUUA